AUGGUCUUGUUUCCCAGCCAACCAGCAAUGGCAGAUUCGAUUUGGAAGGAUUUAUGCAUACAGCCCACUCCCAAAGUCUUUUCUGAAAAAUACGCAAAACCUGUACAGGAAUCAACAGUACAACUCCAUCAAUCCCUUGGACCCAUCUUGUCAGCUUUGAAUCGACGCGCCAUUGGGUUGUCAAAGAGCGCCAACUUUGAAUCAGCUCUUUGUGAUGCCAAAGUUAUGCAAUACCUGUCGCCUUCUUCAGCACUUGGUUAUCUACGUGAAGCCGACAUUUACAGUGAACAAGGGCAACAAAUUCGAGUCAUUGAUGUAUGCAGCAAGGGCCUGAGAAUGGCUGACACCAUGGAUGAGCAUUAUGAUGAUUUGAAACGGGCCAAAAUGGAUGCUGAGGAACGCCAAAACACGCGUAUCGACUUUGUGAGCCAAUUGCCUGUCGACAUUGUGGUUACGAAGCUCAUUCCCAUGUUGAUGGAUGAUUCAGCUAUCAGUUCAAACAACCCCAAUCCUUAUUUGCAUGUGUCCAAUGUAUGGCGAGAUCGUAUUAUUCAAUGCUUCGAUGGAUUACGCUUUUCUGUUGGAUCUGAUGGAAACCACGAUGAGGACGCUCUAUUACAAGUCAUUCAAUUUGCUCAACAUACCAAAGCAUUGUACAUCAAUCGACACCACCAUGCAACAUGGCUAGAUGAUUUACUGCGAUAUCAUGACUUUUGCUCGCUACGACAAUUAUUCAUUGAACAGUACAUGAGUGAUCACGUUUCCCACUUUGUAUGGGCGCUGAAAUCAAUUAGCGAGACCUUGGCGCAUUUAAGCAUCGAAAUGGGAAGCGGACUCCGGUUAUCCAUAGCCAAGAUAGUGUUGACUUGCCCCAACUUGGUGUCCCUCAAUCUUCCUCAAUCACGUGUUGCCGAUCUCAGCUCUCUUCCUAUGACGACAUGGCCUAAUUUGAAGAGGUUAUCCAUUCACAGAGCACAAGAGCCUAUUACAUGCGACCAGGUCAUAGGAAUUUGGAGACGUUUCCCAUCACUCAAUGACCUUCAACUUCAACCAUGCUCCGAUAUGCAAUCAGCACUCAUUGUUUCCGAUUACCUUCCAUCCAUCAACGACCUGGAGAUUCAUCUAUCUGAUAUGGGCACUGGUAUCAUUUUUUCCGAUCAAGCACCCCCAAGUGACACACCUGGGAUUACGAAUAUUUCAAUUCAGAGCUUUACAAAUGAUACUUUUGUGGAGAUCGUCCCGAUAUUAAAGCAGCAUCGGAAGACACUUGAGGACCUUGAAUGGUACAUGAGUCAUGAGAGCGACAACGGGGAUGUUGAUGACAUUCAAUACCCACGCCUAAAGAAGCUUAUGCUCGAGAGAUCUGGAUGGUGGAUACCACGCAACGCACUCUUACUCGAGGAAUUGACAAUGACGUGGGACGCAAUCAGCCGUCAUCCUGCUGUACUCCAUAUGAUACCACCCAAUUUGAAAAAACUAGAGUUUAGACUGGACGUGGGAGCCGACGAUGUCGACACGCCAACUCUCAAACGAUACCUCCAUCGCGUUGCUCGCUAUACACAUUUACAAGAACUCAUUGUGAAUUCCUAUACCAUGGACAACAUUGUCAAAAUGGCUGAUGUCAUCUGCUGUCUUGACCAGCUUCGGCGAUUGAUGAUCAGAGUGGGUGCACCUUGUGAUUCGAGUCAAAUGAAUCGAUUUGUGGAACGGCUUGGAAGAGGAUGCCCCAAUUUAACCUGCCUUGAGAUCAAUUGCAAAGAUGGACUAUCCACCCAUUCAAUCAAUGCUUUGAAACAACUUGAGAAUUUAAAGCAGUGCUCAUUUUCAAUCGAUGGCACCCAUGGCGAUGGCAUUUGGGAAGCACUUGAAACGUUUACACAGCUCAAAUGGAUUCGUAUUUACCCCGCAAUCCCAUCCAAUCUUGCCGGUAUUAGGCGUCUCAAAGAAAAAAGACCUGACAUGACGACCUUUCUUGACAAAACAUUCAGGUGCUUCUGA